UUUUGGAUCGUGUCUUAGUCAUGGUGUCGUGGAGAAGUACACCGUCGACAUGUGGAUAACAGGGGUACUGAGGAACCGUCUUCGGCGUCAUCACACACCGAUACAAUCGAGAGGUACCAAUUACUUCGAAUGAGAACGAAGGCUAUCUGCUGCUGCAAGAUAAAAGCUGCGAGGACAUUACAAUAUUUUCUUACCACUACUCUUGCGAGCGAUAGCAUCGCUACCUAUUACGAUGUUUAUUCUGUUUCUAGUCGUUUCUCUCAUCUCAUCGAUUAAUGCUACAUCCAUAGUAUCUCGCUCACAGUCCUACCCACUAUCUCAGCCCGCUGCACAUGGUCCCACAACUCAACUGACCAUAAGCAAUAAAGUCAUCAGUCCCGAUGGCUUCCACCGCUCAGCAAUUGUCGUCAAUGGCGAAUCUCCUGGACAUUUGAUCACAGGCCAGAAGGGUGAUAUGUUUAAUAUUGAGGUGGUCAACCAACUCAGCGAGAAAUCGAUGCUCCUGCUCACCGGUGUCCACUGGCAUGGCAUCGACCAGUAUAAAACGAACUAUUACGAUGGGGCGUCCGGCAUCACACAAUGCCCCAUUACGCCAAACCACUCAUUUACUUAUUCUUUCUCCGCCCAGAACCAGGCGGGCACUUUUUGGUACCACAGUCAUCAUUCUGUUCAAUAUUGCGAUGGUCUCAGGGGACCCCUGAUAAUCUAUGACCCUGAAGACCCUUCGGCGCACAUGUACGAUGUCGACGAUGCAAGUACCGUGAUCACGCUUACCGACUGGUAUCAUCCUGUGGCCCACAAAUUGCUCCACACUAUACCUGCCGCCAAUUCUACGCUCAUCAAUGGACUCGGUCGUUAUGCUGGCGGACCCCAGUCUGAUCUUGCUGUGAUCAAUGUCACGCGGGGAAAGCGAUAUCGCUUCCGCCUGAUUCAAAUGUCAUGCGAAGCUAACAUUAAAUUCUCCAUCGAUGGCCACAACUUAACUAUCAUCGAAGCAGAUGGAGAGCUGACGGAACCUCUGGUGGUAGAUCAACUCCAGAUUCUUGCGGGUCAGCGUUACUCCGUGGUUCUAGAAGCCAAUCAGUCAGUGGAUAACUACUGGAUACGCGGUAUUCCUAACAUCAAUCAAACCUACAACGGCUCUGCUAUCCUACGCUACCACGGUGCCCCAAAGGCCGAACCGACCACGCUCGAUACUCCAUCCACGAAGCCAUUGAAAGAGACCGAUUUGCGUGCUCUGAACAGUUCAGGGUAUGGGAACCCAGAUUACAAUAUUGCCCUCGAGGUUUCCUUCAAAAAUAUAACAAACAAAUUCCAUUUCUAUGUCAAUGAAACCGAAUUCAAAGCCCCUGAAAAUCCUGUUCUGUCCCAAAUUCUUGAAGGAACAGACCCUUCUCAGCUGCACCCAAAGGGGAGUGUGCAUGUCCUCGAGGCCAAUAAAGUGGUAGAGUUGACGAUGAUAAUGAUAGACGCUCCAGGUGGACCUCAUCCCAUGCACCUUCAUGGGCAUCCAUUUGAUGUCGUACAGAGCGCAGGCAACAGUACCUUCAAUUAUGUGAACCCCGUUCGCCGCGAUGUGGUCGGCGUUGGGUGCGAGAAUGGGGCCGGCGCUGAGUGCAAGGACAAUGAGAAACAAGUGGUGAUCCGAUGGGUCACUGACAAUUCUGGCCCCUGGUCAUUGCAUUGGUAUGACAUCAAUUCUAUCAAGUUGUCAAGAACGGUGCUGACUCUGAACAACAGUCACAUUGACUUCCACAUUGAUGAAGGUUUUGCCGUGGUGAUGGCGGAAAGCCCCAAGGAUACUCGCGCACAUGUGAGCCCCGUGCCAAAGGAAUGGGGACGCUUAUGUCCAAUCUAUGAGGAAUACAAGAGGACCCACCCUGACGAGAUCUGAGGGAGAUUCAGAUCUUGAUUGAACAACCCCCAACUGUCACGUUAGUGGAAGGAGCACUUUCAUUCUACUCAAUAACGAUGUUAUUUGACCAUUUUAUUUCGUGCAUGAGAUGUUAGACAACAAAUAAAUCAGGCAC